AUGGCUCCUAAGCUCGAGAACAAUGAGGCCGACAAGGUCUACCAAAAGCUCCCUAUUCGCCCUCUAGGCAUUCCUCCUUUUGGAACUGAUAAGACCGGCGCCUUCAUCGUUUCCUCUAGAGAGCUGUUCUGCUGCCUUAACAUUCUUAAUGAACAGGAGAAGUAUAAAGCUAGAUUAACCGACUAG